CGUACUGUCAAAUCGCAAUAAAAAUAAAGUAGUAAAAUAAAUGAUUUUACAAAAUGUGGCUUGGUCUUAUUAUAGGUUUAAGACUAUUAAAUUGCGGCUUCGCUAUGGAUUCUGUGCCGGUAUUCAUCAUGGAUUUUGAAUCAGUUCUGCCACACGUAAUCGUCGACCCAAAUCCCUUUUACAAAGUAGACUCUAUCGUUUUCUUCGAUAUUAUUCAUGAAGCACUAAAAAAUGGCAGAAUUGUAUUAAUGUUCAUAGAAGAAAAGUUUAGUGUCGAAGAUAUAAGUAUUAAGGAUACACACGGUUCUCCGUUUUUCAAUUUACGCCAAGGUCUGAUUGAUGGCAAAGUAAAAUAUUUUCCGAGUGUCGCAGAACCAUACAAAAUGUUAAAACAAGUAUUCCAACAUGAGAGGCACAAUGUAUUUUAUUUGCGCAGUACGAGUAGCAAAAUUCAAAUACACAAGGAUCGUUACAAACAUUAUUAUAUUUAUUUCAUGGACUCCUCAAAUGAAACGCGAGCAGAGGCGCUGAGACGUCACGAUUUAAUAAUGCGCGAGGUAUAUUUUGUCAUAAGGCGAAUGGCUACUGGUCCAAUUGUAGCAUUUUAUACUGGAAAAACAAAUCCGAUUGUUGUGGAGAAAAUUAAUUUCCUGUCCAUGAAGCCCUCGGUGGAUAAACGAGCGCCUGGUGUUACUAUAACUAGUACAGGAGGAUUAUUUCGGUUGAUUGGUGUAUAUUCAACAUUGGGUUCCCGUCGCUCCACGUUCAGUCAAAUACCACUCGUAGCUGAAGAAACGUGGACCCGCCGCCAUCUCAACACCAGAAUGGCAUACACCGAUUUCGAAUUAGAGUUCUCGUUUUCCUUUAAAGAUGAAGGAUGGAUUGUUGAUAACAUAGCCCUCCUCGAAUACGGCGAAGAGGUUGGUCGCACGAAACUCGGCGUAGGUGCACCCUGGCGCUGGUCGUAUGUAUGCGGGGAACCGCUCGUUUUGGUCAACACAAGGGAUGGUAGCUCUGUGAUCAUUUCUCAAUAUCAGAUACAGCCGUUUCAUACAGAUUUAAUACUACGCAACGGAUCUGAAGGCAACGACACACACUGCUUUGGCCCAGCGGUACACUGCGGGCCAUAUUUUAAUGCGCAUAUUCUAGCUGGGUUGAUGGUAACAUUUUUCUGUCUCGGAAUAUUGACGUACGGUAUUACCAGUUUGUAUAAUUGUCCAGCGAAUGAUAGAUAUGACGACCCGCAAGGAAAGCAGUUGGUGAUUGUGUCGGAUGGCUCACAUUAAUUUUGUGUAU